AUGAAUGAGCGCACGUGGGUGACCCGAAAACGCCGCCCCUCCACCCCACCGCUACUCCUCGCCAGUGAAAACGUGGAGACGACGUCAAGCGUUGUGUAUGAGGAUCCACCAUUUAUGCAGCAAAAUAACAGCAGUAGCUCCCACUCCCGGUCGCAUCACCGCAGCGGCACCGAACAAAGGUGUGCGGCAGAGGCCAGGCACACGCGUUGGUGCCCUGAAGGCGCUGGCUGGCGUGGCGCCGAUCGCAAAGCACUCUUCAUGCCGUGGCACCGGCUGGAGCAGGACUGCGAGCAGGCGGCAGCGCGGCUGCUAGAGAUUAGCCACCGGCACAAUUGCUGCCUCACACCUACCUCUAUGACGCCAGCAGCAACAAUGGUGGUCAACAGUCAAAAUUCAAGCCAGCAACCAAGGUUCCAAGCGGAGACGCUUAUCGUGAUGGGCGGCUCCAAGCAGGAGGAAACUGUCGGUUAUGGUGAUGGUGAGGAUCCAGCUGUAAAGCUCUCUCCAGCACCACAAUUGGCUUCAUCGACGCGACCGCCUUCCGUGGAUGCUCAGAAGUCGAGGCAGCCAGAAGUGAAUGCCCUCUGUGAAGCAAGAAUGGUGGCAGACAACAAUAGCCCGGUGCCGUCCAAGGCCAUCACACCGCGGUCAAGCUCCCCUCCUGGGUGGUCCGACGCGCCACAAACUUGGGUACAAGCUGCUUCAGAGGAAUGUACACGGGAAGAAAAAGAGGAAUGUGCCAUAUCUCUUAGCAAAGAUGACUUUACCGAUGCCUCGCCGAUUCUGUGCGUUAUCAUCGCCCCACCUGCUGUUUCUUCAGCUGCAACAAUGGGUGAUGAACCGCUAGAGACACGAUUCGGGCGCAGUUGUGGAAGGUGUACAAGAGCAGUUGUAGAGGAACGGGGACAGGCCCAGGGUGGACCGCACGGUGUCUCUGUCACUCCCCCUUGUUCUACACGAUCAGAUACGAUAACACCACCAGUAACAAGUAUUUUCCAGACGUCAUCGCCAGCUUCUUCGCCACAACCACCACUAUCGCAACAGUGGAGGCCGGUUGAGCGACGGACACCACCGACCUGGAGAAGGUCGAUUCUCACACCACCGCGACCAAUGAGUGAGCAUCCACUCUCCCAUGCCGAAGAAAGGUCUCCGCUGACUGGUGUUGCAAGCAAGGGGGGGGCGGCACAUAGGUACUACGAGCGGCACGUGUUCUGCACACCACCCCCGAAGGUCGCGCAAAGUGCAGACUCGACGCCGCGUCCGCGGGACGCUAUUAUUGUGUCGUGGCGCGGGUUGGAUGCACAUUGUAAACGCACGGGCCUGAAGUCCCCAGUGGUACCUUUGCUGUUACGAAGGGUCGAGGGUGCAUCAUAA